CUUUAUGGCGUAAUCUACUGUCACGACGGUACAGCCUAGCCAGCUGUCAGCCAUCGAUUGUAAGAACUUUUGCUGCCUUAGAAAGCAGCGUUACGUACAAAAACAGUAUUUUCUAUUUCUUACGCGGGACUAGGAUUAUUUACACGUGCUUCAUAGAAAUUUCGUGAGGAAUGGAUAAUAAUAAUCGGUACAAUAUGCCUUCACAAACAAAUGAUUCCAAUGGGGAACCAUCAUCUCAAAAUGAGAUACCUACUUUAACUGUAUCAUUACCUGUUAUGCAAAACGAUUUAUUGAGUCAUUCUGGAAAUAUUGCUGCAGCACAAACUUCGAUUGAAUGUAGAAUGGGCGAAGGAGAAGAAAUACCACCGCCUAAAGCUGAUUUUUCUGCUCCACCUCCUUAUGAAGUAGCCACUAAAUUGCCUAGUUAUGAAGAAGUGCAACGUGAGAAAACCUUACAAGGAGAGCCUCAUCCUCAAAUACACAUGCCUGGCAACAUUAGAGCACCACAGCAACCAUUAACGAUCCUUGCUAUAGAUACCGAUGCUGCAGAAGGAGAUCCAGAAAGUGGUUUACUUGGGACGGAUUUUAUGUUCUUUACAGCAUUUAUGGUUGCAUUUUUAUUCAAUUGGAUUGGAUUUUUACUUUUGAUGUGCUUCUGCCACACAAUUGCAUCUCGUUAUGGAGCAUUAUCUGGCUUUGGCUUAUCAUUAACAAAAUGGACAUUGAUUGUGAAACAUUCCACUGAUCUUGCAUCUCGUGAAAAUUCAUGGUUGUGGUGGUUGAUAAUGGGAUUUGGGGUAUUGAUUUGUGCACGAGCAAUUGUGCAAUAUUUGAACAUUAAACGUGGUUGGAGACUAUUGCCUGGAAGUGCUCAGGAACGCUUACUCUUUUUUUAUUAAGCCAUUAAAUCUGCACCUUUAUCUACCUUGGCUUUAGAAGAAACAGCAUUUCUAUUUGGGGUUGUAUUUGUACAAUAUAUAACCAUCCUCUUUGAAAAUAUUACUUUAUAUUGGCUACAUAUUAUUCUAUUACUAGGAAAGAAGGUUAUUGAAAUUAUUAAGACUAUUUGCCAAAUUUUGCUUAAGUGUAAAAUGAAAUAAAUGAGGCAGAGUAAAAUGAAAAAUAAGAAAAUA